UUUUUAUUACUAUUUGUGCUUGCUUUUCAUAUAUAUGUAUAUUGUGAGCCCGAAAGAUUUAACAUCUUCCAUUAGUGAACUACUAAAGCACUUUCCUUGUCCUAUCUAGGCCAUGGGAGUCCAAUUCCGGGAGGACAUACUUAUGGAGAUCCUCAGCAGGUUACCCGUGCGGUAUCUUGUUCGAUUCAAAUGUGUUUCGAAAUUGUGGAAGGCAUUAAUCUCUGAUCCUUACUUUAUAAAGAAGCAUCUCAAUCAGGCCAAGAAUGAUCCACGUUCUCAAAAACUUCUUAUUUCCCAAUAUUGCCCUAAGUAUGCUAUAUGUUCCUUGUAUUGUUGUCCUUUAUCGUCGGUUCAACUGGUUGAGAAUGAACAAGAAUAUGAUUGGCCUUCAAACUCUAGAAUCAUAAUCUAUUGUUGUUGCACCGGCUUGGCUGUUAUCGGCGUUGUUGAUCAAAUUAGGCGUACAGUCAGACUUAUGCUGUGGAACCCCUCCACAGGAGAAUCAAUAGUACUUCCUGAUCCAGAAUUUCCACCAGUGCACGAACAUCGUUUGGGAUUGGGUUAUGACUCAGCUAGUGGUGACUAUAAGAUCCUAAAACUUCGUGAUGGCAGAGGUGAUAUUGAAGAACCUGGUGAAAUUCUCGCAUUGAAAGCUGGUUCCUGGAGAAAUAUUGAUAAAAUUCCUCGUGGAAGUAGCAGUCAACUGGCUGCUAUGGGUUCCGGUCUGGCAUUUUUAAAUGAUGCAUUUCAUUGGAUAUGUACGUCUAGAAAUUAUUUUCAGCUUCUUCCAAGAACUUAUUCUCUGGUUUCAUUUAGUAUUUCAAAUGAAGUGUACGGGGAGAUACCGUUGCCAGAGGAAGUAUUAGACUUGAAGGGCAAUCCCUUUAUUGGCGUUUCCGUAGUGGACGGAAUGCUUUGUGUUCAUUCUAAUUAUGGUAAUCCGUGGAAGCGCGUUUUUAAGUUAUGGGUAUUGAAAGACUAUGGUGUCAAGGAAUCUUGGAAUGCAUUGUUUAGUAUAGAAGAUCCGCAACUUGUUUUUGCCGUACCGAAAUAUAGGUUUGCUGAAGGUGAAAUGCUAUACUGGAGCUUGUAUAUUCAGAAUGAUGGGGUGUAUUCCUUUAGGACAUCCAGAGGAUCAUUUCGAUCACGUGAUUCCAUUCAGGAGGGAUGUGCUUUUACAGAAGGCUUGAUCCCUCCAAAAUCACUUAUUUAGUGUUUGCUUAUGUAAGAUCGAGGAACUGCUUUCUUUUUCCUGUUACCAUGUCACAACCUUUUACUCUUAUUUUUUUAUUGCCGAGGGUCUAUUGGAAAC